AUGGCAGCCCUCCGGCCGAUUGCUGGGGGGCGACCAUCUCAUUCGGUGGAUUUCCAAAAAAAGUCCUUUUCUGACCUCUUCUCAGGAAAUUCUUCUCAGCCGGCGUUGAAGCUUCAGGCGAUGGCUACCACCCACAAGGGUGAGCCGGCAAUGUUGUUUUCGAAGGAGGACCUGGAUGUUUUAGCGUCCCCAUACAGAUUUGCGCUGGUAGGCAAGUUCUCACGGGGGCGCCCUAAGCUGGAGGAAAUCCGCAAGUUCUUCAGUACGUUAGACUUGAGAGAGAAGACUACGGUGGGUCUCAUGGAUUCCAGGCAUGUAGUUAUUCAUAUGGGCAACGAGGCUGACUUCCUUAGAGUCUGGGCGCGAGGAAUUUGGUAUGUUUCAGGGUUCCCAAUGCGUGUGUUCAAAUGGUCUCCAGCUUUCCAUGUGGACAAAGAACCUUCAGUUGUUCCUGUUUGGUUUCAACUUCCCAAACUGCCGCUACAUUAUUUUCAAAAGGAGGCGAUUUUUCAGAUUUCUUCGGUCCUCGGUAUCCCGUUGUUCGUCGAUGCCGCAACUUCGGCUGUGGCAAGGCCAAGUCUUGCUAGGGUUUGCGUCGAAAUUGAUUUACUCCAGCCACGGCCUUCUCGGAUCUGGAUUGGUAAUGGGAACUAUGAUGGUUUCUGGCAAGAUCUGGUCCCAGAAAAUACUCCCAAAUAUUGCCCACAUUGUUUUCGGCAGGGUCAUGGAGUGGAUGACUGCCAUGUUCGCAAUCCUGCGCUGCGGCCUCCUAAGGUUGAGGGUCAGCGACGUGACAGGCAGCCCAUGGCAGCGGAAGGUGGACCAAGGCAGCGUGAGGAGGCAACACAGGAGGGUGAAAUUUCGGAGGGGCCUGCUGUGGUCAUGGAGGCAGCACAGGGGGGUGGCGUUUCGGAGGGGUCUGCUGUGGACAAGGAGGUAGCACAGGGGGGUGGCAAAUCGGAGGGGCCUGCUGUGGCCAAGGAGACAGAAGGGGUGUGGAUAGAGGUAGGGGUAGAGCGGGUGGCUAAUGGAGCAGUGGGUCAGAACCAGGGUAUCGGUCAUCAGAUGCCACUCCUCAAUGAGCCCGUUGGGGAGGGUUCAGAAGCGUCAGGAGGUGAACCGAUGAAAUUCAUUGACAUGCAGGCGCAUGCCAGUCGGAAUGAGCAGGAAUCAGAACCUGGGUUGGAGCAGGUCCGAAGCGGUCGAGAGGUGGAACAGCAGGGCGUGGCGUGUGAUAGUUGUGAGGAAGAGUUCGAGGAUGAUUUUCACACGAUGACAGGUUCAUUAUCGCCCAGGUUGGUGUGCGUGCGUGAGAGGGAAGCAGUUAGCACAUUGGAUGCACUAAACAUUGAGGAGUAUACUGGGCAGGACAAGUCGGGAAAAAAAGCAAAGGGAGGAGUGUCUAAGCUCCCAAAUUUACGGAGAUUAAAAAGCAUUAUUAAAGAGAAGGGUGUUCAGUUUGUGGCAAUUUCUGAGCCAAAAUUAGAGGCGUCGCGAGUUGAGGAUAUUAGAUUGAAACUUGCUUUUGAUUUUGCACAUGUUAAUGAUUCGGGAGAUUUAUGGAUUUUAUAUAAGUACCCUUUCAAUUGUUCUGUGUUGGGUAAUUCUACUCAGCACAUUUCGUUAAUGGUAUCCCACCCGUGGCUACCGGGCUCUAUGAUUUUUUCUUUUGUGCAUGCUGCGUGUACGGAGGAGGGGCGGAGGGAGCUAUGGGCAAACCUCCUGUUGGAUAAACCACAGGCAUUGCCGUGGUGUAUAGGGGGUGAUUUCAAUGUUAUUGUGGAAGCUUCGGAAAAGAAAGGGGGGAGACCUUUUGCGGUGUCGGAGGGGGUGGACUUUUUGGCUUUCAUGCAAGAUGCAGAGGUUUUUGAUGCGGGCUGCUCAGGGUCCAGAUUUUCGUGGUGUAACAAUAGGAGGGGGAGAGCCAGGAUUUGGAAAAGACUUGAUAGAUUACUCAUGAAUGGGGAGAUGGUAGAAGCGGUUUCAGUGAUUUUGGUUGUUCAUCUUGCACGCCAUCCUUCUGAUCAUGCUCCGUUGCAUGUUUCUUUUGCGUCGAGGCUAGACAAUGGGGCACGGCUUUUCAGAUUUCUUAACAUCUGGACUACCAAACCUGAGUUAUUGGAUGUCAUCAGGGGAGCAUGGGUUGUUGAUGCAACUCGGAGGGCAAUUCAGCAUUGGAAUAAGCAGAAAUUUGGGUCAGUUGGCAAUGCUGUUCGGGAGGCAGAAAACAGGGAUGAGGACAUUGCACAGGUUGCGGUGGAGUACUUUUCGAAUCUCUUUUCAGGGCCGGUGGAUCCUGGGGGUGGUGAUCUAAUGCAUCUGAUUCCUAAGCUGGUUUCAGACGAGGAGAAUGAAAGGCUGGCAGCUAUACCUAGCAUGGAGGAGAUUCGGCAUUUGGUGUUUUCUAUGGAUGGGGAAAGUGCUGCGGGGCCUGAUGGGUUUACAGGGAAAUUUUUCUCUUUUGCAUGGGAGGUUGUGGCUCAGGAUGUGUACAAAGCGGUAGUGAGUUUUUUCUGUGGGAGUGACCUGCCAAAAUUCCUCACCUCCACUUCAAUAGUGUUACUGCCUAAGGUGUCGAACCCUCAAGAUUUUUCAAAUUUUAGACCCAUCAGUCUAUGCAAUUUCUGCAAUAAGUUGUUAUCAAAGUUGUUGGUGAGUCGCAUGGCCUUGGUUUUGCCAAAGCUGAUAUCCCCCCAACAGACAGGGUUUGUCAAGGGCCGAAGCAUUUCUGAUAACUAUCUGCUGGCUCAGGAGCUGAUGGCAUCUAUAGGCAAGAAGGCGCGAGGGGGGAACGUUGCUCUUAAAUUGGACAUGACUAAGGCGUAUGACCGGAUGUCGUGGUUCCAUGUUAUCUCCAUGUUACGAGCUUUUGGUUUUUGUGAGCAGAUUAUCGAUAUGAUUUGGCGCCUGAUCUCGAAUGUUUGGUUCUCCAUUAUCAUUAAUGGGUCUGCACAGGGGUUUUUUAAAUCUAGUCGUGGAUUACGCCAGGGUGACCCACUUUCGCCUGUGUUGUUCGUCAUUGGCUCGGAACUACUCUCGCGAGGUUUGAAUGAGCUAGCUAGCCGUCGGAAUUAUAUAGGGUUUAGGGUCCCAACCGGCUGCCAGGCCAUUACUCACCUUGCAUUUGCUGAUGACAUACUGGUAUUUACAAAUGGGUCUGCAAUGGCGCUUCAGCAAGUGAAACGAGUGAUUGAGAAGUAUCAACAAUCUUCUGGUCAGUUGGUCAAUCCCCAGAAGAGUGGAUAUUUGGUACACCCGUCUAUUUCCCCGUCGCGGAAGAGGGUGAUUGAGCGGCUUACUCAUUUUUCAAGGCAGGAUUUUCCAAUACGGUACCUGGGUUUCCCGUUGUACUCAGGAAGGGGUAAGGCAGCGUAUUUCGGUGAGGUGUGUCAGUCGGUUGUGGCUAGGGUGAUGUCUUGGAAGUCAAGGUUGUUAUCCACAGGGGGAAAGUUAGUCUUGAUAAAGCAUGUGCUCUCGGCAAUUCCUGUCCAUUUGUUGUCGGCCGCGGUGGGUUUCGGUUCGAUUUUCAGGCAAAUCGAGCAGGUAUGUGCAAGGUUCCUCUGGGGGUCGUCAGGACAGGUGUCAAAAUUCCAAUGGAUAAGUUGGCCUCAAUUGUGUCUCCCCGUUGAUGAGGGAGGUGUGGGAAUCCGAAAACUUAGUGAGGUUUACUCGGCUUUCUCUUGUAAGUUGUGGUGGAACUUACGGGCAGGCACAUCUCUCUGGGCUGAGUUCAUGCGGGCGAAGUAUUGCAAGGGGCAGCAUCCGUGUCAGGUGGAGAUAAAAAGGCAGGAUUCGAUGACUUGGAAAAGAAUGGUGAACAUCAGUCGGCAGACGGAAUUAUCCAUGGUCUGGUUGGUAAAAGGGGGUUCAUGUAACUUUUGGUAUGAUAACUGGUUAGGGAGUGGAGCUUUGUGUCUUAAAGUUCCGGUUAUUCCGGAGUUAUCGUUUCGGGAUUUCAUUUCGAAUGGGUCCUGGGAUUGGCAAAGGCUUAGAUCAGUAAUCCCGGCUGAGCUGAUUUACUCAUUUUCCCAACAACCGGUUCCGGAGGGGGAAGAGCAGGAUGAGCUGGUUUGGCGUCACACGGCGUCAGGAAGGUUUACUCUAGCGUAUGCUUUUCAGGAGGUUCGUCGCGCAAGUCAUUAUUCCGUUCUGCAUUCUCGGGUAUGGCAUUCUUGGCUUCCGCUCAAGAUAUCUUUGUUCAUGACACGAUUGCUUUUGGGGAAAUUACCGGUGACGGCCGCCUUGGGAAGGGUAGGGGUUCAUUUGGCUUCAAAGUGUCUUUGUUGUUUGGAGGGGGCGGAGGAGACACUUGAUCACGUCUUCUCAGAAGGGGAUACUGCGCGUGAAGUUUGGGAGUUUUUUGGUAGGAUUGGGGGGGUGUCACGGCGGGGGAUUUCUGUUCGGGCUUGGCUUGCGGCUUGGUGGAUGGCGCAUCCAAGGGCGGAGGAGGGUCGUUUUCUGUUUGGAAUUCUUCCUAGUUUUAUUUGCUGGCACAUCUGGAAGGGGCGUAAUAGGGCAUUUUUUGAGGGGGUUCCGAUGUGUCAUGCAAAGGUUUGCCAUGACAUCCUUCAGGAUCUGGAAGGGGUGGCCGAAGGAAAAUUUCAUCAACGUGUGGGGAGGAACGUUCUAUUUCAGUUUCUGGGGGGACUAGCAACCUCGCCCCAGAGAUUUUAUGCUCAAGCGGUCAGCUGGCGGGCGCCUGAGGGGGGAACGCUGAUUUUGAACACUGAUGGUUGCGCGAAAGGAAAUCCUGGAGCUAGUGGUGGUGGGGGGCAGAUGGGGUAUACAGAUGUUACCAUUCAGGUGGACUCUCAGGUGCUGGUAGGGAUUCUGCAGAGAAGGGUCCAGUGUCCAUGGCAGGUUCGUGCUGCGGUCGAACAGAUUUGGGGUAUGAUCCCGGACGCGGGCCAGGUUUCGCAUUGUUAUAGGGAGGCAAACAGGGUGGCUGAUAGGCUGGCAAACGUGGGCGUUACUCGACAGAUACAGAGCAUUAUCACUUACGAGAAUUUUGAUGAAUUACCAGCUUUGGUGCGUGGCGAAAUUCGUUGUGAUAGGAUAGGAGUACCGUCCAUUAGGCGACGGCAGUUAAAGCGGAACACUAGGCUAGGCUAG